GCCGUCACCACAGCGGUCGCCGUAGUCAUAGUCAUCGAAAUAAGCAAAUAGCCAUCGUCCUCAUUGUCGUCGCCCUACCGUCUUCUGCGCUAGAUUACCAUCCUUAUAGCCAUAACCGCCAUAUCCAAUACUCCCUCACAGCUAUCGUUGCGCUAAGCGCUUGACAAAUCUAUUGGUUUUUCUUUCCGCUCGCAUGGUAUUAUUAAAUCAAUCAGAAGAAUCCUUCUUCUCUGAUCUCCGUGUGACACCUGUGUGAGUCGCCAUAGCCAUCCGCUCAUCUCGUUCAUCGCUGUCGCCAUAGCCAGAAGAUCAUCAUCGUCGCCGACGGCUUACCCUCACCGUUACUCUUUCUCGCUUUCCGCUCUUUCUUAGCCCUGUCAGCUCCGUUUAUCACCGUUACUAGGCUGAAGAGGCUGUUGUCGUCAACAGUUUUCGACUGCCCGCGGUCGCAAACGAGGAGGAGGGGGGUUGGCAGCAGGAAAGAGGGAAGAGAGGAAGAACGGUAGAUCGGGGGAGCAGCGCGCCGAGCCCGGAGGGAAAGAGAGAGGGCAAGUUGGGGGGGAGUGGAGUGGAGGUGGUGUCGGCACUGGUUCUCUCACCAGCAAUUGGAACUUGCGGACUCAUCUAGGAGCGGCGCGCCUAGCGCGGAGUGAGAGAGAGAGCUGCACACACACACGCACACAGACACACACACACACACACACACACACACACACACACACACACAGAGGAGGAGGGGGAGGAUGGAAGCAGUUCGGGCCAUGUCGAUGAUUGUAGCACAAGCGAGCGGUGGGUCGCCAUCGAGCUUUGUAGCUGCUGCGUCGACGCACGGGGACCGGACACGUGUCGAUCUGGGACGGCCCUGUCUGAACUCCAAGUUGUCGUCUUCCCAUCCUCCUUCUCCUCCUUCUCCUCCUCGCGGCUCCUGUGUGCUGGCCCACUCUAGCUCCCGCCAAGGCAGCAGCUAUGGCGGCAACAGGAGAAAGACGCGUUUGGGUACCGUUGUUUCUGGUGUCGUCAAGAGUAAUUUGAAACUCCGGGGGUUGUCAUCCGCUGUCUGCCGAUGGUCGAUGCUGCCCUGUCGAUCUGCCCCUCGCUCUUCUCCUUCUUCCUCUGAGUCAUGCACAUCAUGGUGGGCAUGGUCGCCAUCCCCUUGGACCUCGUCUUCUCCUUCGUCUUCCUCUUCGUCCGCCAUAGCCGCCUCCUCGUCCUGGUGCCGAUGCAGAUACGCGUGCAGGAAACGGUUCGAGAAGGAUUAUAGCUACGGCGGCGGGAAUUACCGGAGUAUUUUGGGAGGUGUAGGAGUGGAUAAGGGGAAAAGGGGGGGGGGUGGAGUGUCCUCCUCCUCCUCCUCUUCCUGCUCCUCCCCCUCCCCCUCCCCCUCCCCCUUUUCCUCUCACGCGGAACCCCCCCUCCCCCGCUCCGCCUGCUCUAGGAUAGUUUUCUCGUUGUCCUCUUCGCAGGGGCGUCUGCUUCUGCGGCGCAAGGUGUCGGGAUCGGGAUCGGGAUCGAGAGGCGAUGGCUCGCUCAUCCUUGUCCUUAGCGCGUCCAGAGGGGAGGUCUUCGGAAGCAGCGCGACGCGGGAGGAGUUCCUGCGCGCCAUUAAGCGGGAGGCAGGAGCUAGAGGGGGGGCCACGGGGUCCUCCUCCUCCGCGGGAUGGCGGAAUCCUGGCCGUUUGAUCAUCGAAGCCGUAUUCGAACGAUUCACGGAGAGAGCCAUCAAGUCGAUUAUGCUGGCGCAACGAGAAGCAAAGGCACAAGGGAGGGGGGAGGUGGGGACCACACAACUUCUUCUGGGGUUGAUUGCUGAGGAGAGAAGUAAUAAUGGCUUCUUAAAGACGGGAGUAACGAUCGAAAGGGCGCGAGAAGUUGUGCGAGAAAUGGCCCACGAAGAGGGGUUAAGUACCCAGAGACUUGACAAACCUGCGUCUGAGAUCUCCUUCUCCCAUGGCAGCAAACGAGUGUUCGAGGGCGCUCUUGAGGAGUCGAGGACGAUGGGCCAUAACUACGUGGCUCCAGAGCACAUCGCCGUCUCGUUGUUGAAGUCAGAAGAUGCGGCCACGUCACAACUUCUAGAGAGGUUGGGCUUGCGCAAGGACAAAAUGCUGGCAGAAGCAGUCGCACGAUUGCAAGGCGAGCUGGCAAAGGAUGGACGGACGCCUUUGUCACGCACAGCUGCGCUGGCUGGGAAACCUUCAGGAGGACUGGGUUCGUCGCGAGCAACCAGAAAAGAGAGGAGUGCACUGAACGAAUUCUGCGUGGACAUCACAGCACGAGCGGCAGAAGGGAAGGUCGAUCCUGUAAUUGGGAGGGAGAAAGAAGUGCAGCGGGUCGUAGAGAUUCUUGCUCGACGGACAAAGAAUAAUCCUAUCCUGUUGGGAGAGCCAGGCGUGGGAAAGACCGCCAUUGCAGAGGGAUUGGCGUUGCGAAUAGUGACCGGGACAGUGCCAGAUUUUCUACUGGAGAAGCGUCUGCUCUCUUUGGAUAUGGGGUUGCUGCUAGCAGGGGCAAAGGAGCGGGGAGAGCUGGAGACACGUGUCACCAGCCUAAUUGCAGAGGCUACUAAAUCAGGCUCUGUUAUCUUAUUGAUCGAUGAGGUGCACACUUUGGUAGGGUCAGGCUCUGUUGGCAGAGGAGGUGGUGGUGGGGGAGGGGGUCUGGACAUUGCCAAUCUCUUGAAACCUGCCUUGGCUCGCGGCUUUUUUCAGUGCAUCGGUGCAACAACGUUGGACGAACAUAGAAAGCACAUCGAGAAGGAUAAAGCUCUCGCACGGCGGUUCCAACCUGUCAUGGUUCAUGAGCCGACAGAGGAAGAUACUGUUGCAAUCCUAAUGGGACUUAAGGACCGAUACGAGCAGCACCACCAUUGCAUGUUCUCGACUGAAGCAGUGGAAUCAGCAGUGCACUUGUCUUCGAGGUACAUUAUGGACAGAUAUUUGCCAGACAAAGCCAUCGAUCUGAUUGACGAAGCAGGGAGCCGUGCACGAAUCAAUGCUUUCAAAGCUCGAAAGGAUAAGCAAAGCAACAUUCUUCUGGAAGCACCGAGCGAUAUUGUGGUAGGGCCUGAGGAAAUUGCAGCUGUCGCAUCGAUAUGGUCAGGCAUUCCGGUACAACAGCUUUCGGCUGAUGAAAAGGAGAAGCUGCUGGAUUUGGAAAAUGCAUUGCGGACACGUGUUGUUGGACAAGACGAUGCAGUGUCCGCCAUAUCUCGUGCAGUGCGCAGAGCUCGUGUGGGGUUGAAAGACCCCGACCGUCCAAUUGCUGUGAUGAUGUUCUCGGGGCCAACCGGAGUUGGCAAAACAGAAUUGACAAAGGCGCUGGCACAUCACUACUUCGGCUCGGAAGGAGCAAUGAUAAGACUGGACAUGAGCGAGUACAUGGAGAGGCAUACGGUUAGCAAGCUUGUGGGAUCUCCUCCGGGAUACGUUGGCUAUGGAGAGGGUGGGCUUCUGACCGAGGCAGUACGUCGACGACCAUUCACCGUUGUCCUUCUUGAUGAGAUUGAGAAAGCUCAUCCUGAUGUAUUCAACCUCUUGCUCCAGAUCUUUGAAGAUGGAAGGCUAACAGAUUCACAGGGCCGCACAGUGUCAUUCAAGAACACUCUGAUCGUACUAACCUCCAACGUCGGAUCAACAGCAAUUGCGAAAGGGGGCAGCAAUACGAUAGGCUUCACAUUCGAAGGCGCUGACGAGAAGGAUGGCGGGCGAUACAGCCGAUUGAAGAGUCUUGUUAUGGAUGAGCUGAAGGGCUACUUCCGCCCAGAGUUGCUGAACCGUCUGGAUGAGGUUGUUGUGUUCCGACCCCUGGAGCGCUCUCAGGUCCGUGAGAUUGUGGACAUGAUGCUGAAUGAGACGAAAGGACGGCUUGCUGCAAAAGGUAUAGCCUUGGAAGUCACGGAGGCUGCGCUGGUUCGGAUUUGCAACGAGGGAUACGACCGUGCCUAUGGUGCAAGGCCGCUUCGACGGGCACUCGUCCGUCUGGUCGAAGAUCCUCUUAGUGAGGCUAUCCUUGCUGGAAAGUACGACGAAGGCGACACCGCGUUGGUCGAUAUUAACGACGAUGGAACCACGGUUAUCACUCAGUAUCAUCGACCAGACCCCUGCAAAGACAAGGUAUGCCUGCCCGUGGUGAAACCCAUUGAAAGAAUUACGGCAGUUUCGGACUGAUGGGCAAGCUGACGAAGCUCUCGCGUAUAGUUUUUGUUUUGUUCGUUCAAACAAAAACUGAUUGACCAGACGAAGAACCGCUUGCUGCGUCGCAGAAACCGUUGCGCGGAUUCGUCUACUAUACCAUGGGUUGAGCCAUGGUUUUCAGCUCUUUUCCUGUAUUGUGUCUGUAAUACUCUGUAUGCUAUAGCGACAAGGACGUCCUAGGAGUAAGCUGUAUGGCGAUCCGUGGAUGGCCCCUGUUGCAGCAAACCCAUGGUUCAAGCCAUGGUAUAGUGAAUGUACUUGGCUUGCACGCUAGGUCCAUGUUCAUUAUCCUGCUCUCUCGUUUUCGUCCGUGCAGUUGGGCGGACGGGAUUCUAUGGUGCAAUGCCAUUUGCACAAGAAGAUCAGCGCAUGAGAUGAGAGUGACGGUGGCAGCAGGUUGAUGGUACGGGGUCGAUGGCGAGGGGUAAACAACUCCAUUUCUAUUGGAUCCAGUAUGGAUCAGGAGACGGUAGUGCUGUUUCCCUUUGGCAUGCUGCGGAUGAAGAAAUGCCAAAAGGCCAUGCUGGAAGCUUAACGGAAGGUAACGGAAGCGGAGCUUUCCAACGGCCAACUUUGCUUGUCGCCUCCUCAUUCCACUUUUGUGCGACAAUGACACGUCUUCAAUAUCGCUUCACCCUCCAUCGAUGGGUUGGUUGCCUCUGAGCAGAUCACAACGUGGUGAGCGAUUCUCUCUUCGGCCCCAUCCCGCAAUCGAGGAGAUGCAAAAAUAGGCGAAAAGUUAAAUCAAAAUCAAAUAACAUGAUCUAGUUGGUAACUCUGCAGAGAUGAUCUCUUUGCAUGCAUGUUUUCGUAAAAGGCGGCGCGGCAAAGUCGUGUGGCCUCUUUGUACAUCGAAAGCGCAGUGCUUAUAGGCGACAAGUCGCGUGGCCUCGAUUUCGACAAGAGGUCUGAUUCACACCCGC